AUGUACAAAUCUGGCACUAGAGUGAUUAACCUCAAGUUUAAUCACUCUUCGAGUUUAAGAAUUGUAAAAAGACUUUGCACUUUAGAAAAUAAUGGAACAAAAUCGACGAAAUUAUUCACGAAUCCAAUUGAAAGAAAUGGAAAAAAUUGUAAAUCACAAUUUUUUUCGAGUAUUUUUAAUAUUAAUAAACCACCGCCAAAAGGGCCAUCAGGAAUGAAAACAAAUUUUAAAUUUCAUUCAGAGACGGAAGCAAUUAUGAAUGAGCAAAUUAAUGCCGAGUUCAAGGCUUUUUAUUAUUACCUAUCAAUGGCAUCGUAUUUUGGUCGUGUGGACGUCUCACUGCCUGGUUGUGAGUCAUUUUUUACUCAAAUGCAUCACGAGGAACAUGGCCAUGCAUUAAAAUUAAUGAACUACAUUAAAUUAAGAGGAGGUUCUGUGGUUCUUUGUGUAAUUAAACCACCCGAGGAUGAAGAUUGGAAAAGUCCUCUUAAUGCCUUUCAAACUGCACUUCAGUUGGAAAUGGAAGUAACAGAGAAAUUAGUUGCAGCGAAUUCGAUUGCUGAGAAACAUGGCGAUUUAAAUGCGAGUGAUUUUAUAGUCAGUUAUUUUAUGGAAGAUCAAAUGAAGAGUAUUAACGAAAUGGCAAAACUGGUAACAAUUUUGUCGGGAGUUGGUGAUGAAUCACUGGGACGUUUUAUGUUUGACAGAGAAUUAUUGAAAAAUCACGUUCUACCGAAAUUUAAUGUUUACAAGAAUUCUAAGACUUUCGAAAAUACUGAACAGUUUUUUAAUAAAUUCAACUAAUCAAAGAAAAUUUA